GUGCUGCCCACACACACACGCACGCGAUCGCGCAGCUGUUCUCGCAGCACAUACAGCUCAUGACUUAACCCUCAUUCCUGAUAGUUUUACCGCAAUAAGCAAUUUUUAGAAUGGCUCCAAAGAAAGGGAAGGGAAACAAGAAGGACCUCGAUUUUGGCAGUGAUGACGAAAAUACGAAGAAUACUUCAGAUAAGGGAAAGUCGGUGGCCGGCGUAGAAAUAGAAGGGGUAACCUCCAAAUCGAAACAAUCUGCUCCAGCUCCCAAGAAGAAAGGUAAAGGUAAAUCUAAGAAAAAUGAUGAUUGGAGUGAUGACGAUGAGAAAAUUGAAAAGCUGUCGAAGCUUGGGCAAGUUUCUGACGAUGAUGAAGUUUUGAACAUCGCCCAGCCAUCAAAGAAAAAAGCUGGAAAGCAGAUAAAGAAGAAAGCUGACAGCAGCAGUGAGGAAAGUGAAGAUGACUCAGAAAUGAGCAGUAAACCAUCAAAGGCAGCACCUAAAGCCAAUGUUAAAAAGAAGAGCAAACAAGUUAAAAAGGGGGAUGAUUGGAGUGACAACAGUGAUGAGAUGAAACUCAGCAAUUCUGCGGAGGAAGAUGUUCCUAAGCCAGCAACUAAGAAAGGUAAAAAUAAAAAGGGGAAGUCGAAAGUAGAGACUGACAGUGAAAGUUCUGAUCAAGUUGACGAUGAAGUGGAAGAUGAACCUGAACCCCAACCUGUUAAAAAAGGAAAGUCAAAAACUGUCGCCCCCUCAACGAAAGAUGUGGACAGUGAGGUUGAUGAUGGGGUUGGUGAUGAACUUACUGACAAAGUUGCAGAAUUGUCAGUGCAGGAACAUACUAAACUCACAACUGCUUCCACUGAUAAAGGAGAUUGUGGUUUGGGCGAAGAGGAGGACCCAAGUGAAGAGAAAGAUAAAUUGAAAAAUGAAGACAGUAAUAAGCCAGCUGAAAAGAAAAUGACUAGCAAAGAAAAAAAGAAAUUGAAGAAAAAGAUUGAGUUUGAGAAGCAGAUGGAACAUAUCACUAAGAAAGGAGGACAAGGACACAGUGAUCUUACUGAAAAUUUCACUGUAUCUCAAGCACAGAAAUCAACGGGCCAGUUGGCUGCUAUGGAAAAUUCAGUUGAUAUUAAGGUUGAAAAUUUUAGCAUAUCGGCCAAGGGUAAUGAUUUAUUUGUCAAUGCCAACCUACUUAUCGCCCAAGGGCGUCGUUAUGGUCUGGUUGGACCAAAUGGUCAUGGAAAGACCACGCUCUUACGACACAUUGCCUCACGAGCAUUUGCAAUACCGCCUAAUAUAGAUAUAUUAUAUUGUGAGCAAGAAGUUGUAGCUGAAGAUGCCUCUGCUGUGGAAGUUGUAUUAAAAGCUGACACCAAAAGAACCACCUUGUUAGAGGAACUUAAGAAACUGGAGGAAUCACCAGAAGCUGGCACCCUUGCCGGCCAGGAAAGGCUUAAGGAGAUUUAUGAUGAGCUCAAAGCUAUUGGUGCUGAUUCAGCUGAACCUAGAGCUCGGCGUAUUCUAGCAGGUUUAGGAUUUUCACGCUCUAUGCAAGAUAGACCAACAAACAGUUUCUCUGGUGGUUGGCGUAUGAGAGUAUCUCUAGGCAGAGCUCUUUAUGUAGAACCCACGUUAUUGCUGCUUGAUGAACCGACUAACCACUUGGAUUUAAAUGCUGUCAUCUGGCUUGACAAUUAUCUUCAAGGCUGGAAGAAAACUUUGUUGAUUGUUUCUCACGACCAGAGCUUUUUGGAUAAUGUUUGCUCAGAAAUUAUUCAUCUUGAUCAGCACAAGCUACAUUACUACAAAGGCAACUAUUCAAUGUUCAAAAAAAUGUAUGUGCAGAAGCGUAAAGAAAUGAUUAAGGAGUAUGAAAAGCAAGAAAAGCGCAUAAAAGAACUGAAAGCUCAUGGUACUUCCAAAAAGGCAGCGGAAAAGAAACAAAAAGAGGCUCUUACACGGAAGCAGGAAAAGAAUAGAACCAAGGUACAGAAACUUGAGGAUGAAAAUGCUCCAGUUGAACUCCUUCAAAAGCCUAGAGAAUAUAUUGUUAAAUUCUCAUUCCCUGAACCUCCACCUCUGCAACCUCCAAUUCUUGGUCUCCAUAAUGUAACAUUUGCAUACCCAGGACAGAAACCGCUCUUUGUCGAUUGUGAAUUUGGAAUUGACUUGAGCUCUCGUGUAGCUAUUGUUGGUCCUAAUGGUGUUGGAAAGUCAACAUUUUUGAAACUUUUAACUGGUGAUCUAGAUCCUUUAAAGGGAGAUGUAAAGAGAAAUCAUAGAUUACAUAUUGGUCGCUUUGACCAGCACUCUGGAGAACAUCUCACUGCAGAGGAAACACCUUCAGAAUAUCUUAUGAGACUUUUUGAUUUGCCCUAUGAAAAAGCUCGCAAGCAGCUUGGUACCUUUGGUCUUUCAAGUCAUGCUCAUACUAUAAAGAUGAAGGAUUUAUCUGGAGGUCAGAAGGCUCGAGUUGCCCUAGCUGAGCUAUGCUUAAAUGCUCCUGAUGUUGUUAUUCUAGAUGAGCCUACCAAUAACUUGGAUAUUGAAUCUAUUGAUGCUCUGGCUGAUGCUAUUAAUGAGUAUCAAGGAGGUGUUAUCAUUGUCUCCCACGACGAGCGCCUUAUUCGUGAUACAGAGUGUACCUUGUGGGUCAUUGAAGAUAGGACUAUUAAUGAAGUUGAUGGAGAUUUUGACGAUUAUCGUAAGGAACUUCUAGAAAGUUUAGGAGAGGUAAUUAAUAACCCUAGUAUUGCUGCUAAUGCUGCUGUCUCUCAAUAAAACCUUAUGUUGUGUUCUCUCAACAAACCGUCUCCAUGAUAACAAUAACAAAGUACUUCUGGGGCCAAAAAAUAAAACCUUCUAUUGUUGUGGAGCUGAGCCAUUUAAGAUGUUUUUCUGUUUAUUUCU